CCUGAUUGGACGGUCUGUGAAGACGCCUGUURCCGAGCAGCCAAUCGUUAGGACCGAUGCGGUUGCGUCAUCAGCGGGGAAGGUCCCGCCCCCCUCCUGCCGGAGCUCUGCUCGGUUUGAACCCGAGGCUCGAGCCCAUCCGAACCGGUCAAAGAUGGACCCGCUGGUCGCAGCCAUCGAUCAGGGCACGAGCUCUACGAGGUUCCUGGUUUUCAACACAAAAACAGCCGAAGUGAUCGGUCACCAUCAGGUGGAGAUCAGCCAGAGGUUCCCGAAGGAAGGAUGGGUUGAGGAGGACCCCAGAGAGAUCAUCCGGUCCGUUUACGAGUGCAUGGAGAGGACCUGCGAGAAACUGGAGCAACUUAACGUUGACAUUUCCAACAUUAAAGCGGUGGGAGUGACCAAUCAGAGAGAGACCACCCUGGUUUGGGACAAAGAGACCGGAGAGCCGCUCUACAACGCCAUCGUCUGGUUGGACCUGAGAACCCAGUCCACAGUGGAACGGCUCAUUAACAGAACUCCAGGCAGAAACAAGAACCACCUGAAGGACAGAACCGGACUCCCCAUCAGCACCUACUUCAGUGCUGUGAAGCUGCGCUGGCUGCUGGACAACGUGGACCAGGUCCACCAGGCRGUUCUGAGUAAACGGGCCAUGUUCGGCACCGUGGACUCCUGGAUCAUCUGGUGCCUGACGGGAGGCAGGACCGGAGGGGUCCACGUGACGGACGUGUCUAACGCCAGUCGCACAAUGCUCUUCAACAUCCACACGUUAGACUGGGACCUGGAACUCUGCAGGUUCUUCGACAUUCCAGUGGAAAUCCUUCCAAAGGUCGGGAGCUCGUCUGAAAUCUACGGCUGGAUGAAAUCCGGCUCGCUUGCAGGAGUUCCCAUCUCCGGGUGUUUGGGGGACCAGUCGGCAGCUCUGGUGGGUCAGAUGUGCUUCGAGGAGGGCCAGGCCAAAAACACGUACGGCACCGGCUGCUUCCUGCUCAGAAACACAGGGACCAGGCCUCUGACGUCGGAACACGGCCUCCUCACCACCGUCGCCUAUAAGCUGGGCAGGGACAAACCCGCCUGCUACGCUCUGGAGGGUUCAGUGGCCAUCGCAGGAGCUGUGAUCCGCUGGCUGAAGGACAACAUGGGCAUCGUCCAGUCGUCCUCAGAGAUCGAGCAGUUAGCAGCUGCAGUAGGAACGUCGUACGGUUGUUACUUCGUCCCGGCGUUCUCCGGUCUCUACGCUCCGUACUGGGAGCCCAGCGCUCGAGGCAUCAUCUGUGGACUCACACAGUUCACCAACAGGAGCCACCUGGCCUUUGCUGCCCUGGAGGCUGUCUGCUUCCAGACCCGAGAGAUCCUGGAUGCCAUGAACAAGGACAGCGGUGUCCCUCUGACCCAGCUUAGGGUGGACGGAGGCAUGACGGGGAACCGAUUACUGAUGCAGCUACAGGCUGACAUCCUCUGCAUCCCUGUUGUCCGGCCCACCAUGUCCGAGACCACGGCUCUGGGUGCAGCCAUGGCAGCGGGGGCGGCUCCGGGGGUGGAGGUGUGGAACCUGAACCCAGGUCAGCUCCCCCACCUCACGUCUGAGAAAUACGAACCUCAGAUCAACCCAGAAGAGAGCGAGUACAGGUUCGCCCGCUGGAAGAAGGCCGUGCAGAAAGCCAUGAACUGGGAGACGUCGGAGACGAGCUGCAGCUCUAACGGUGAAGAGAAGAACGGCGCCCCCUGCUGGGUCCCUCCCACCCCGACCCUUGUCAGAGUGGACCCCUAAGGUCCGACGGUCAGCAGCAGUGACAGAACCGGGCGGUACCAGGAUCCGUUUCUCAGGACCGACGCAGAUCAGACCUCCUGGGAUCCGAUCCAGACCUGCUGGGUUCUACACAAACAGCCUGUGGAGCUCCUGAACACAAACUUUAAUAUUUAGUUUGUAAGAAAGGGAAAGUAAAUCAAAGCGUCCAGUUAAAGGGAUUUUCCUCUUCUGAGGUCCAGCUCAGUUCUGGACCAGCAGACCUUGUUUUAAAUGGAGCCACGUUUAUAAGAACAAAGCCUUUAAAAUGUAAAUUUAAAUUUCCUGAAGACCACCAGGUCUCUGAUCCUACCUGGACCCUCCAAGCUGAGCAGCUCAGAUUCUAUGAACUCCCUUCAGUGGUCUGAAUGUAGAGAUUAACACUGACUAAUCUGAAUUAGAGAGUUGUACUGAGAUGACUGAAGCAGAAUAAUCUGUAAAUGAUUGUUUAUGAACUAAACCAACCACACCUCAACAUGGGUCAGAACCUGGACCGGGUCAGGACUGAGACCCAGAGUCUCUGAACAGAACUUUGUAAUAAUUCUUCUUUUGAUUUAGAAUUAAUGGAGUCUUUAUUUCACAGCCGUAUGAUUUAUGAGAUUAUUUAAAGGGAAGUGUUUUUGUAAAAUGAUGACCUGAAUGUGUUUAAUAAAACUGAGCCKUUUGA